AUGCAACAAAAUCAAGUGAAGAAGGAUACGAAAGAGAUGGAGUUUUUCACAGAGUACGGUGAUGCAAACCGUUACCGGAUUCUCGAAGUUAUCGGCAAAGGAAGCUACGGAGUUGUGUGUGCGGCGAUUGACACACACACCGGAGAGAAAGUUGCUAUCAAGAAGAUUAAUGAUGUCUUUGAACACAUCUCUGACGCGCUUCGAAUCCUCCGUGAGGUUAAGCUUCUAAGGCUUCUAAGGCAUCCGGAUAUAGUGGAGAUCAAAAGCAUUAUGCUGCCUCCUUCCAAGAGGGAGUUUAAAGACAUUUACGUUGUGUUUGAGCUCAUGGAAUCGGAUCUUCACCAAGUUAUUAAAGCUAAUGAUGAUUUGACUCGUGAGCACCAUCAGUUUUUCCUCUACCAGAUGCUUCGUGCCUUGAAGUUCAUGCAUACAGCUGAUGUUUAUCAUCGUGAUCUUAAGCCAAAGAACAUACUGGCGAAUGCAAACUGCAAGUUGAAAGUUUGUGACUUUGGAUUGGCUCGAGUAUCGUUCAAUGAUACGCCUACAACAGUCUUUUGGACGGACUAUGUAGCGACAAGAUGGUACAGAGCACCUGAGCUUUGUGGAUCAUUCUUCUCUAAGUACACUCCAGCUAUCGACAUUUGGAGCAUUGGUUGCAUCUUUGCGGAGGUACUAAUAGGGAAGCCAUUGUUUCCGGGAAAAAGUGUUGUUCAUCAGUUGGACUUGAUUACUGAUCUUCUUGGCACACCAAAAUCAGAGACAAUUUCUGGGGUUCGAAAUGACAAAGCUAGAAAAUACUUGACUGAAAUGAGGAAGAAAAGUCCUGUCACCUUCUCUCAGAAAUUCUCCAAAGCAGAUCCUUUAGCAGUCCGGCUUUUGCAGAAGCUGUUGGCUUUCGAUCCGAAGGAUAGACCGACUGCUGCAGAGGCACUGGCUGAUCCUUACUUUAAGGGUCUUUCUAAGGUUGAAAGAGAACCUUCAUGUCAGCCAAUCUCGAAGAUGGAGUUUGAAUUUGAGAGACGAAGGCUGACAAAGGAGGACAUUAGAGAACUGAUUUACAGGGAAAUACUGGAAUACCAUCCUCAGUUGCUCAAGGACUAUAUGAGCGGAUCUGAGGGGUCCAAUUUUGUAUAUCCUAGCGCCAUCGGACAUCUUAGAAAGCAGUUCACUUACUUAGAGGAAAAUAGCAGCAGAAAUGGGCCGGUCAUACCUCUCGAGAGGAAGCACGCAUCACUUCCUCGGUCUACAGUUCACGCCAGUGUAGUCCAUUCCACCGUUCAACCCAACUUGUGUGCGACAGAGAGUAGACGUGUUCCUACUGGACUUCCAUCAACUUCCGCAUUCCCAACUAAAUCUUUAGGACCUCCACCAAGAGUACCAUCUGGUAGACCAGGCCGUGUGUUGGAAUCAUCUCUAACUUAUGAGAAUGGUAAGAGCCUCAAAGAAGCUUAUUUCAGAAGUGCGGUAUCUUCUCCUCACUGCUACUUCCGAGCAAACACCAACGUAGAAGCUUCUUCUCAGCCAAAACCGCAAGAAUUUGUCCACCCAUUCAGUCCCACCGUGCCUCCAGCUGCUGCUACUACUACUAACCAAACAAACGUCGAGAUCAUCAACCAGCACCCAAACCCUUACUUCCAGUCACAGCUCCCCAAGAUUGAUCAAUUGAGCAACAGCAACAACACACACAUGGCCAUUGAUGCUACGCUGUUGCAGGCACAAUCACAGUUUGGUCCAGCUGGAGCCGCAGCGGUUGCAGUUGCAGCACACAGGAACAUAGGCACACCAAUUAGUUACGGCACCAUCGUAGACUAA